GAUCGAGGACACUUUCUCUCAAUUGCUUUACCUCUUUUUCCCCGAAAAAAAUAAAAUCUCCAAUCUCACUCCCCAAAUUCACAAAAUCCUCAAAAUUUAGUUUUCUUAUUUUCCCAAUAGAUCCUUCAACUUUUCGUAAUUUUUGUUUUUGUCUCUCUAUUCGGAAAAACCCUAGUUCCCUACUUCAUCCAUUUCCCCUGAAAAUAUCGAUUCCGAUCCAGCUAAGGUUUCCAGUUUUUCUUUUCAAAUUCAUGGGGUUUUAGGGUUUUAGGAGGAAAGUUUCAAUUUUUCGGCUUUUCCAAUCCCAGUUGUUGUGUUUUGUGCUUUGUGUUUCGCUUGUUUUAGGGUUAGGGUUUAGUUUCUUCAUCCCUUUUGGUUGUUGUUGGGUUGUGAUUACAUGUAUGGAUUCAGAUGCAAACGAUUUGAAUUCAAGAAAUAGGUUGCGUUGGGGCGAUAAUUACAAAGUUUAUACCCGGAAGCGCCGUAGAACCCUAGAGAAUACUAGUACUGACGUUGUUCCGGCCGCCACAGCCACCGUUAGCUCAGCCGCAGCUGCACCGGAGGUUUCGAACAGCGGGAGGGAUACGAACGAGAAUGAUGAUGUGCCGGAGCCGUCUUUGCAAACCCAAUUUCGGGAUUGUUCGACUCUUAAAGGGGGGACAGGGGGUGAGCAAGUAGCUGUGAGUAAUGGUGGGGAAGUGCGGGAAUUGACGGAAGAUUCAUGUGGUAGAGAUGAACCUAGAGAUGGAGGUGUCGGACCACUGGUGGAGCAUAGAGAUGGGGAAUCGGCUGAGGGUUCAUGUGGUAGAGAUGUACCUGAAGUUGGCCGGGGCAUUGACACUGGUGCAGCGGUGGUGGUGUCUAGUGGUGGAGAAGUCCCAGAAGGCAGCAGCGGAAGUCAGCCAGCAAUGCAGAAUCAUAGAAAUGAACCACAAAGUGACAAUCUUGAAAUGGAGAAUGGGUAUGGUAAGCCGGUUAUUUCAAGAAUUAAAGAUAGAAUUAGGAUUAAUUUAACUGGAGUGAGGUCCAGCGAUGAGAUUAGAGAGCUCGGUAUGAGCCUAGAGAGUGAGCUUGAUCAAGUUAGGGGCUUGGUAAAGCAGCUUGAAGCUAAACAGCUUCAGCUGACAACAUAUAGGACUAGUAUAAAUGGUGGUAAUAUUAAUGCUGGUAGUGUUACUACUUUCCCUGGUAGUAUUACUACUGUCCCUGGUGGUUCUAUUAGCUCUUACAGUCAUCCACAGUAUAUGGAUGAUGGUGUGAUCAAGAAUAGGUCUUUAGCGCGAAUGAAUUCAGAGGUGCGUUCUGCUGGGCACAUUGGAUCAAGACCAUUCCAGCGACCUAAUUUUCUGAUUGUGGAAAACAGCAAUGGUUCUACUGACUUUGUGGAGAAGGAGAAGAGGACCCCAAAGGCUAAUCAGUUUUACAGGAAUUCCGAGUUCCUCCUUGGUAAGGAUAGACUGCCACCUGAAAGCAAUAAAAGACUGAAGACUAAUGGCUCUGGGAAGAAGCACAGUGCCAAUUCAGAGAAUGGGUUUGGGCUUGAUAAGCAUAGACUUCAGGUUUUUAGGAAUUGUAGCAGCUUGCUUCAGAGGUUAAUGAAACACAAGCACGGUUGGGUGUUUAAUGAGCCAGUGAACGUGAAAUCACUUGGGCUACAUGAUUAUCACGACAUCAUUAAGCAUCCUAUGGAUUUGGGCACCAUUAAGACUAGGUUAUCUGAGGAUUGGUACAAGUCUCCAAUGGAAUUUGCGGAGGAUGUACGACUUGUCUUUCGUAAUGCCAUGACUUAUAAUCCUAGAGGGCAAGAUGUACAUGUUAUGGCUGAACAGUUAUCAGAGAUUUUCGAAGAGAGAUGGGCAGUUAUAGAGGCUGAGUACAAUUCAGAUUGGAGGUACCAAACGUAUCAUGAUGUUGGUGCUCCCACUCCCACCUCAAGAAUGACCUCUUAUGCUCCUCCUUUUCUCCACACCCCAGUGUCUUCUCGUUCUCUUGCUCCACAUGCCCGUCAACUGCAUCCUUUGGAUAGAUCUGAGUCAAUGACUAGGCCAGUUAAUCCCAAGAUGAAGACUUCAAAUAUAGCUCAUGUUACUAGGACACCAGUUCCUAAGAAACCGAAGGCAAAAGAUCUCAAUAAGAGAGACAUGACGUAUGAGGAAAAGCAGAAGCUUAGCACUAAUCUUCAGAAUUUACCUUCAGAAAAGCUUGAUGCAAUUGUUCAGAUAAUUAAGAAGAGGAACACUGCACUUAGUCAAGACAACGAUGAGAUUGAAGUAGAUAUAGAUAGUGUUGAUGCAGAAACACUCUGGGAGCUUGAUAGAUUUGUAACAAAUUUCAAAAAGAGUUUUAGCAAGUACAAGAGAAAAGCUGAACUUCUUCGAGCCAGGGAAGGAGCUGCUCAGACUGCUCGAAAUGUGAACCCUACAUCAAUGGUUGCUGAUGCACUGAAAGAAAAUGGAACUGGUGAAAAAGAUACAACUCCUGCUACCCUUGAAGGUGGAAGACCAGCGGAUAGUGCAAGUAGCAGCUCAAGUAGUUCCAGCAGUGAUUCAGGCUCAUCCUCUAGUGAUUCUGAUAGUGAUAGUUCUUCGGCAUCUGGAUCAGAGGCGGCGCAAUCACCUAGAACAUGACAAGCUCUUGAUGAAAUUUUGAUUAUGAAUGCAUUGGAGCAGGCGCCUGUUCAAACACUCGUCUGAAAGACGUCUUGUGGCUCUUGCAUGAUAAAUUUCUUUCAAGAACUUCAAGUAUGGGAGGAAGUCCUAGUGAUUCUGGGAGCAUGUUAGCUGUUGGCUCUCACAUUCUUCUCGUCAUAGGUGGUUAUGGUGGUAGUGUGAGAUAUUUAACACCUGUUUGUUGAAUUAAAAUCUUGUGCUGAAAAAAUCUAUUUUUUCAGUAUCAUUGUCAACAAUUUGGCAGGAUCACGCAAGGUCCUGCAGCUGUAACCUGGUGUACAAAGAGCAUAAUAGGCUGAUGUGUAUUGUUUGUUUGCUUUGGGAGUAUUUAUUGCAUUGUAAUAUCCCCAUCAGGAAUUUAAAUGGAAAUAACAGUAGGGUGUACAUAUUUUCUCAAUUCUUGUCUGGCGGCAAGUUUUUAACUUUUAAGCAUCGAUGGGAGAUUUUUCUCGAUGUAUUUGCGUGUUUUGAGCUCUUAUAAACUUGCUGCGUACUUGUGAAGUUGGGUUUCUCCUGGUUC